AGCAGAGGGAGGCCGGAGGCGCUCUCGAGGUUCGUGGGUGUUCUCAGCCCGGAGCUGGAGAGCCUUUGAGGCCGUUUAUCAUUGACAUUUUUUUCUCCACCGUAGUGAAACGAUCGACACGCGAGUGAAACGUAAAAAUGUUUUGUGAGGGAGUGCGCGUUACAUAUAUGUCGGCUUGAACGUGCCGUGUUUCUCGAACUCGAAAGAUGCUGCCAUGUAAAGCGACGACAGAGGAGGUGCCUUCGCGAAACUGUCAGGAAGAUCGUCGUCGUCGUACGUGAGUCAGUGCGCUCGUUCGAUUGAAAGAAGGCACGUACGUACAAAAUGGCUUCAGGCGACAAUGUGGACGUGAUCGAAGUGGUCGAGACAAGCUUCUCUGGCCCGGCACAGGCCACGGAGGAUCAUCUCAGACCGGAACAGUACGCGGACGAAGACAGUAAAUCUACAGGGGAUAAGGUGACAACAUUUGAGAGUUCGGUAAAUCAACAUGGCACCACCGGGCCCAAGACCCCUGUGGGGGUGUCGAGGAACAAAUCGGAGCGAGAGAGAAAGAUCGGCCACAGGAGAGUUGGAGUGGGAGGUGAAAUCACGUACAAAAAGAUCCAAACGACACAAAUCAUGGGUUCCAUCCAGCUAGGCAUCCAACAUGCAGUCGGUGGUUUGGCUAGUAAACCAGAGCGUGAUUUACUGAUGCAAGAUUUCAUGACUGUAGAAACGACAAACUUCCCGAGCGAGGGAUCCAAUCACACUCCAGCUCAUCAUUUUUCGGAGUUUAAGUUCAAAAAUUACGCACCUAUUGCAUUUCGUUACUUUCGGGAUCUCUUUGGCAUUCAACCGGAUGACUUUUUGAUGUCGAUGUGUAGCGCUCCGUUACGCGAAUUAUCAAACCCCGGCGCUAGUGGAAGUAUCUUUUACCUAACAGAUGAUGACGAGUUCAUCAUAAAGACUGUACAACACAAAGAAGGAGAAUUUUUACAGACGCUUCUUCCAGGAUAUUAUAUGAAUCUAAAUCAAAAUCCAAGGACAUUAUUGCCAAAGUUCUUCGGAUUAUAUUGCUAUCGGUGUAAUAGUAAAAAUGUUAGAUUAGUCGCUAUGAAUAAUCUUCUGCCCUCGUCGGUGAAAUUGCAUCAAAAGUAUGAUUUAAAAGGAUCAACAUACAAAAGAAAGGCAUCGAAAUCAGAAAGAUCUAAAUCUUCUCCAACGUACAAAGAUUUAGAUUUCAUGGAACACCAUCCAGAGGGGAUCUUUUUGGAGGCGGACACGUAUAGUGCCCUAGUUAAAACUAUUCAAAGAGAUUGUCGGGUGUUGGAAAGCUUUAAAAUCAUGGAUUACUCUCUACUCGUUGGUCUUCAUAACCUCGACCAGGCUGCAAGAGAAAAAGCGCAGGAACAGAGAUUAUCAGCGAGUGCGGAGGAAGAAGUCGGCGAAGUGGGAGGUGAGAGUACAGCACUUACUCAAGCAGAAAAAGAACGGGAACGAGAGGACAGAAUAGGAGCCAGCGCUCUGAACCGAUCACGAAGCAUAAAUCGACAAAGGUUGGUUGCGCACAGUACCGCUAUGGAGAGUAUUCAGGCUGAAAGCGAGCCGAUAGACGAGGAGGACGAUGUACCCAGUCCAGGUGGAAUUCCUGCUCGUAAUGCCCGCGGCGAACGCCUUCUACUUUUCCUUGGUAUUAUUGAUAUUUUGCAAAGUUACAGGCUUAAGAAAAAAUUAGAACAUACUUGGAAGUCAAUGAUACACGAUGGUGAUACUGUGUCUGUACAUCGGCCAGGUUUUUAUGCGCAACGUUUCCAAGAUUUCAUGGCGAAGACCGUAUUCAAGAAAAUACCGUCACUGGACCUGCCUGAGAUUAAGGGGAAUCAUCGCAAAUUCCGUAACCUCGUCACCAGCUACAUAGUCUUUGCUCAAACGUUGAAACAUUCCCCAUCGAAGAGAAAAAGCAUAACCAGGCCUCUCAGGCCCUUGGACGGCGACUUCGAUUCAACCGCGGUGCCGACAACCGGAACUUCGACAAUGCAUGCUACGUCACCCACGAAGGCUGUAACCCCGACAGACGCUGCGAUCAGCACGACCAGCACGGUGAUGUCAACCGGUUCCGCGCCAAUCGCCACCUCCACCCCCGUGAACUUCGCCGCAGGCCCGGUGAGUCCGCCUCCGUUGACCUUGGCCGCGGGUCCAGGCCUUUCUCAUCACGAGCCACCGGUGACGACCUCAGCGGCCAAGGUCACGAGCUACCCAGCCGUCCUGAAGGGCAGGACCGCCGCCAGUCCACCGAAUCCGAAUCUGGUACCCUCCGGCAAGAUUCCACCCCCUGUUCCUCCAAGAGGUACCGGUCAAUCGAGGACCACGAGGUCCUCUGAGGAGCACCGUGGCCCUGGAACAACCACCUCCACGUCCUCGAUGACAUCCAGCCGAGGUGGCACCCUUCCUUCCACUUGUUCCACCCCGCCCCCGCCCUUUGACGAUGCAGUGCGCUCAAAUGACCAGACCUUGGCUUCUGGUGGUCAACUUCAACAGGGUGCACCGACCACGAUCUUAGCGAGCAGUCUAAGCAGUGCUCAUUCCAAGCAGAACAAGGUUGUGCACCAUGUCACUCUCACAAAGACUUAUCACGAUGCCGUGAGCAUAUCCGACGUACACUUGGAAAGCAGCGGUAGCGGAAGCGGAAGCGGCGGGAGGGAAACGAAAUCUUCGUUGAGCGUAGAGAGCGGUGGUAGUAGUCGAGGAGGUGGGGGUCUGACCUGGACACCACCCGCUGGCAGCGCCGAGGGCUCUACGCCCACCUGGACAGAAGGCACGCCGUCCUUUACCGAGAGUUCCAGCAGCGGUGACGCAGGUUGUCCAACCACACCGAUCAGAGGCAGCCAGCGUCACGAUGACGGAGGGAGAAUCGCUGCCACCGUCGAGGAAGCGCUAGCCAGUCUUACUACAGAAAUGAAGAUACUGCAGCAAGAGUGAAUUCAAAGCAGCUCAUCCCUGUAACCUACGUCAAGUCAGUUUGGAUUUGGUCUGGUGCACCGUCGUAGCGACGAAUCUUCGAAAAAAAGAAAAAAGAAAAAAAAGAAACGAAACUCGAACGGAGAAGAAUAAAUCAUAGAGGAAAGCGUUUGAUCGCGAAGCAAGACGGAUUGUCAGGGUGGAAGGGGUGAAAAAGUUGAACGAAGACACGUAAACUGAUAUGUCUUUAAUCAUUCCUUGCGCAUUUUCGUGUUACAUGAGACACCAUACUUUAUCACAUUCGAUUCUGUACUUAACGAACAGCUUGCGUGGGUGGAACAAGUAUUCGUCUUGAUUCGCGAGUUUGUGAAGUAUUAAUCAUCCAGCGUGUGUGAAUCUUGCAUUUAUUCGUAUGGAAUGAAUUAAUAAUUUAAAUAGGCGCGUUCUUGCGAAGCAAUUAAAGAAUCGAUGAAGAAUUAAUGAUUCUAAAGCUUUGGAGCAUGUCGGAUAGGCCAGGAAGGUUACACAACGUGAUAAAACUCGGCCUACAGUAUUAGAGGACUGUAUAAUACUCGUUCAGGAUACAAACACUUUGUGGAGAAUUCAAGAAUCCAUCGUUCCAGUUGUAUCUUUUAUAUGUCAGGUCUCAUCGUAUCGUUCGAUUUUCAAUAAGUAGCUAGUUAAACGUAAUAAUGUCACGUGUUUCGAUAUCUCGCGAAUUAAUACAUUGCUCAGCACAAUUGGAGGUUCGGGUUUUUUUUUUUUUUUUUUUUUUUUUUUUUUUUUUUUUUUUUUUUUUUUUUUUUUAUAGAUUUUUCAAAAUAAAUUUGUAUACCCAUCGCUCGUAUCUGUAUAUUUUCUUUUAAUUAUUGUCUUGAAGUCAACUCCUAUUAAUGUCAUAUUAACAACGUUUGAAUCUAUCAAGCCUAUAAAUGUUUUUAAUUUUGUUUACUUAAUUAAUAAAAUGGAACCGUUUAUAAUAACAAUUCCCUAAUUAUUUUGAGCAGCGUAAUUUGAAUUUAAUCGAUUUCUGUAUCAAGAAAUUAUUACCUGACUUAAUCUCAAUGUAGACAAUCUGUUUGUAUCUUUUUUUACUAAUUUUUUAUUUCCUAUUGAAAAUUUUAUAUUUUUAUAUUUUUCAAAUUGUUUGCAAAAGUUUUAUAUAUUAAAGUUCCAUACUUAUAUACACGCUCGUUGGAUAACCAUUUUGAUUGACUAUGUACAAACUUUUUAAACUUGUAGAUUUAUUAACCAUAUUUAGUCAUACUUUUCUCCAAAAAGAAAAACACGUGUCGUUAUUGCAGUUACAUAAUUCGUUUUCUCGUUGCUUGUUCAUAUCCUAGCAUUUAGCUGUAAAAUUGUAUGAUCAUCGAAUCGCCGAGCUUUACGAGUGACGUUUAGGUUACACGUGAUGGGAAAUUAUCGCGAAAUAUAUUCAUUCAUUACCUCUUAUCGUAACUGACAAUUACCUGUUGUUACGUUAGUUAGUUGUAAACGUUAAGAGGAAAGCGCUCGAGAGGAAUGAAAGGUGUAAAACGAGGAAAUGAAAUGACCCGCGGACGAAGGAGAUGUAAAUAAUACUUACAAUCUAAUUAGGACGCAGUCCUCAAUCCCGUUUUUAUUACGAUAAUAUAGCCAACGGUCGUGUACAUGUACCUAUAUGUGUCUCACGUUCUGCCUGUCUCCUGUACGUAAUUAUACAUAUACUUAUACAUAUGUACACUGUACACACAUAAAAUGAAAUGUGUAUACCGCAUUUAUUGUCGAGAUGGUCGGUGAACUCUCGAAUGUAUUGGUAACGAAAUGCGGAAGUAUUGAUUAAAAUUAUGAUGAUUUUCAAUCAUUUUUAAAACAGAAAUUCGGAUAAUAAGGGUUAAAGAUUUUGAUAAUCGUUAAAAUUUCAAUAAAAGUAGCUGCCAGUUCCAGAAAUAUUCUGCAGGACUCAAGAAAUUCGUCUCCUGAGAUUUUAAAAUUUUGGAAGAUUCAAAAAAAAUUAUAAAUAUCAAAAAUAAAUUUUCUACAAAGUUAAAAAUAAAAUCUAUAAUUUUAAAAAUUCGAAAAAUUUCAGUAAGGAAAAUCCUAUAUGUCAGAAAUAUUCUGCAGAGCUCAAGAAAUUCGUCUCCCGAGAUUUUAAAAUUUUAGAAGAUUAAAAAGAAAUUAUAGAUAUCAAAAAUAGAUUUCCUACAAAGUUAAAAAUUAAAAAUUAAAGUCUUCUAUAAUUUCGAAAAUUGAAAAAAUUUCAGUAAGGAAAAUCCUACAUGUCAGGAAUAUUCUGCGGAGCUCAAGAAAUUCGUUUCCUGAGAUUUUAAAAUUUUGGAAGAUUAAAAAGAAAUUAUAGAUAUCAAAAAUAGAUUUCCUACAAAGUUAAAAAUUAAAAAUUAAAGUCUUCUAUAAUUUUGAAAAUUGAAAAAAUUUCAGUAAGGAAAAUCCUAUAUGUCAGAAAUAUUCUGCAGAGCUCAAGAAAUUCGUCUCCCGAGAUUUUAAAAUUUUAGAAGAUUAAAAAGAAAUUAUAUAUAUCAAAAAUGGAUUUCCUACAAAGUUAAAAAAUAAAAUCUAUAAUUUCUAAAAUUCGAAAAUUUUCAAUAAAGAAAAUCCUACAUGUCAGGAAUAUUCUGCAGAGCUUAAGAAAUUCGUUUCCUGAGAUUUUAAAAUUUUGGAAGAUUAAAAAAAAAUUAUAGGUAUCAAAAAUAAAUUUGCUACAAAGUUAAAAAUAACAUCUAUAAUUUCGAAAAUUGGAAAAAUUUCAGUAAGGAAAAUCCUACAUAUCAGGAAUAUUCUGCAGAACUCAAGAAAUUCGUCUCCCGAGAUUUUAAUAUUUUGGAAGAUUCAAAAAAUAUUAUAGAUAUCAAAAAUAGAUUUCCUACAAAGUUAAAAAUUAAAAAUUAAAAUCUUGUAUAAUUUCUAAAAUUCGAAAAAUUUCAAUAAAGAAAAUCCUACAUGUCAGAAAUAUUCCGCAGAGUUAAUAAAAUUGAAUAUUAAAAUUACAGUUUCGAAACUCGAAAUUAAUUGCAGAAUUCACCGACGAUCUCGAUGAAUAUUAUAAAUAUAGUAACUGCGCAAACUGUAUUAUACGUGAUACGAUAAAUGAGAUUAAUUAACGGGAGUGCCACUGGUACCGUGUACGUAUAUAUAUAUAUAUGAAUGAACAAAAAGUUUAUAUAUAUAUAAAUAUUACAGUAGCCGCAGAGCAAAGUUAAA